AUGUCCUUAUCCAACACCAGCGUCAAAGGCUCCGGUACCCGCCUCAACCUGCGCUUGGGCGAGGCCGUGGCAACCGAGGAGACUGGAGAUUCGGAGCGCGUUGACGGACGCGACAUAGAGGAAGACGAGGAGAAGAGGGUAACAGUAGCAGUUGCAUCACUGUCCUGGGAGUCAUGGCGCGUGUGGACGGGGGUGGUAGGGCGGGAGGAGAGGUGCAGGCCGGGCUGGGAGGCGCAGUUGUAG